AAACGAGAAAGAGGAAGAAGGUGGCAAAAAAAAAAAGAUCACUCCAACGCAAUCCCUCCUUCCACAGGCCAGAAACAAGCCCAAUCCCAGCUCUCUCCGGCCCUUCCGAGUUCUUAGAAAAAGGCUAUUUAGCAAGACCAGGAGGAGAAAAAAGGGCAAAAAAAAAAAGGAAUGGCCACGGCGACGAGCCUCCUCAACUUCUCCUCCACCACCAAGCCCUUCCUCCUCCAACCCAGCCCACGCCACCAGAAGAACCACCAAGCCCUCCCCCUCCGCCGUCGGGCGGCGGCGGCGGCAACGUACAAGGUGACGAUCGAGCACGAGGGAACGGCGAGGACGAUCGAGGUGGGGCCGGAGGAGACGAUCCUGGGGCGGGCGCUGGAGGAGGGGUUGUCGGUGCCGCACGACUGCAAGCUGGGCGUGUGCAUGACGUGCCCCGCGCGGCUGCUGGCCGGCGAGGUGGACCAGAGCGAGGGGAUGCUGAGCGACGACGUGGUAGAGCGCGGCUACGCCCUCCUCUGCGCCUCCUACCCCCGCUCCGACUGCCACAUCCGCACCAUCCCCGAGGACGAGCUCCUCUCCCUCCAGCUCGCCACCGCCAACGACUGACCCUGCUCCAACCAGGCUGUAAUUGGAUAGAAUUUUGGUGCUCUUCCAAGUUGAAGGUUAAUUAGUGAAGUUAAUUAGCAAAUAUAUGUGCUGUGCUUGUAGAUUUGUAUUUGGAAGCUAGGUUGUUUAUCUUGUCUUAAGACAGUAUGUAUGAACAGUGGAUAUGGAAUGUGAUGAAACAGGACUCCAAUCUUAGUGAAAUAAUUGAAUGUUCACAAAGUUUUUUCCCAGAUAUACUUUCAAAGA